AUGAGAUGAAUGCACGCACGCCCAACGCUAACACGGCCUCAUGCGUCUCCGUGCACACACAGUUCAAAGGUCAAGCUAAGAGGAUGAAGGUGAGAGACUUUCUUGUGGCCAUGGCCCUGCUGACUGGCCUACAUGUCCAACUUGCGUCUGGUUCUGAUUGGUCAGACGUUGGACACGAUGAGGACGCCCAUGCCAACACUCUGAGAGAAGCAGACGUGGAAGGGGCAGACCUACACCAGGACAACAAUGAGGAUGCAGACUGGCAUCCUUCUCGUGUCCUUGAAGAGACCCCCACAGACAUCCACCGAGAGGGCCGGUUGGACACAGGCAGACCCGACCCACCAGGUCAGCCUGGCACCUUUACGGUGGCACACUGCGACGAGCACAGCGGCCAGCUAACUUCUGAGGGUCACUGCAGACUGAGAGCAACGCUGCCCACGAUGGGAGAGGGGCAGAAACGCUGUCCUGACAUGUUUCGCUGCUCAGAUGAUGUUUCCUUCUGGCUUCGUGAGAACCAGAACCGCAAGGAGCAACUGAAGGAGCUGAGGGAGACCAUGUCGGAGCUGCAGGAAGAGCUCAGGAAUCACAGUCAUGGAGUCCAGGUCCUGGAGAUGCAGAGGGAAGAAAGCGCUCGUCCAAGAUGGACCUUCCACCAGCGUUUGCGCCCACUGGAAGCGCGGCACGAUGAGGCCAGAGCACUGCAGCACGUGCACGCGGAGCUGCUGCAUGAGCUGCAGGCACACAUCCACAACUUGUCGAACGAUGUUCGCCACAUGAGCGCAAGAACGGGCUGCACGGCCAACGACGUCCACUCCGGCAGGCCGCUGGGCUUGAGGGACACUUUGGUGCCAGACAGACAUCAUGUGUCCAUGUGUCCGUCCGAUUGUGCGUCUUUGUAUCUCAGUGGUGUGCGACAUUCUGGUGUUUACACCAUGGUCCUGUCGCCGGGUGCAAGUGUGCCAGUCUACUGCGACAUGGAGACAGAAGGUGGAGGUUGGACGAUGCUCCAAAGGCGGCAUGACGGCUCAUUGAGCUUCAACCGCGCCUGGUCCGAGUACCGCGAAGGCUUCGGUCAACCCAGGGGAGAACACUGGCUGGGCAACCAACAGCUCCACCUGCUGACCAACCAAGGCCACUACAGCCUCCGCAUUGACAUGCAGGAUUGGAGCCACGCCCACCGCUACGCCCUCUACAACAACUUCAGGUCUACAGACACUUUCACAAGAUUACAUCAAACAGGAAGGUCGAGGAUGAGGAGAACCAGUACCGCCUCCAUGUGUCUGGUUUCAGCGGGACGGUGGAGGAUUCUUUCGCUUGGUACCAUGACCAGCACGGCUUCAGCACGCCAGACACAGGCAACGUGUGCGCCGAAAUCAGCCACAGCGGAUGGUGGUUCCACCAGUGCUUCCACGCCAACCUCAAUGGCGUCUACUACGAGGGAGGUCAGUACUCUCUGAAGGCUCAGAACCUGCUUGGCCCAGACGGCAUCGUCUGGUUCUCCUGGAAGGAUUCAGACUUCUACUCCCUCAAGGCUGUCUCCAUGAUGAUACGACCACACAACUUCAGGUCGCGGGUGUCUCCAUAGCGAGGGACAGCUCAGGACAAAGCUUCCAUGGGUGCUUCACAGCAGGUUGUUUGUUAGUGGAGGAUUUUGAGAGGCCCCAGAAAGAGGCCCUGUGGUACACCUAAAAGUCUACCAGUAACAGAAUGUAUUUGUUCAAUGUGAACAACGCUGACCUGAAACCUGCGUUCCUUUGUCAUUGUUAUCUUUAUCUGCAAGCUUACAAGUUAUCUGCAUCAUAAACAAGAGAGAGGCGUUAUUCCUUUACAUGUUUAUUUAGUGACCGUAGAAGGUAAGGACCCACGCACCUACAAGGACUGAGGGGGAUGAGGAGGUGCUCUUAGCCACCAAAUGUGCACAAGAGAAUUUCUUCAGAAAGUCUUUACAGACGAAAAAGAGGGGGUGUUUAUGUGGGGCGCUCCCUGGGGCGGGUGACGUACUGCCACCACAGAGGGGGAAGGUCGCCCUCCUGGCGGGCUGGAGGGAGGGCUUCAGACUUGGGCCCAUCGGCUGGAGUCUCGGCUUGCAGCUGGGCCACCUGGAAGCAACAAUGGGAACACAUUUGAUGGCCCGCUCGUUAGCUGACAGAGGGAUUCUACACCCUGGAGAUUCCCACCUCUUUAUCCCAGCUCUGCAUCCUCAGCUUCUUCCACUCCUCCCUCUUGGAGAAGUAGUCAGGGUACAUGGCCUUCUCUGAUGGGUGCCACUGAUCCAGCACCCACUCAGGAAGCUUCAAGGACAAAAUAGUGACAUUUUAUCAACAAAUAUUGGGGUGCCCGAUGUUCCCACUCUUCUUAUUUGUUUGUUUCGUUUUGUGUAAGAUUCUGUGAUUAUACACUACCGCUCAAAAAUUUGGGAUCACUUGGAAAUUGUUUUGGCCAGUCUGAGAUAUGGCUUUUUCUUGGCAAUCCUGCCAUGAAGUCCAGCAUCCUGAAGUCGUGCUUCACUGUUGAUACUGACACUGGUGUUUGACGGCUACUAUUUAGUGCAGCUGCCAGGUGACGACCUGUGAGGCGUCUUUGCCUUAAACUACACACUCUCAGAUAUUUGUCUUCUUGCACAAUUGUGCAUCGUUUUUGUGUCCUUGUUAGACCCAGUUUGUGCUGCUCUCUGAACGGAGUCGUUAACAGCAUGUUUUAGGUUUUAGAUUAGAUUUUUAAAUGGAUUUCCUAAUAAUCUAUUAGCCUUAUAAAAUGAUGAACUUGGAUUAGCAGCCAUACCAGGAGAUUGAUGCAGAGGACUGACAGUUGUUGAUAGUAGGCCUCUGUGCACAAAUGUAGAUCCUUCUUUGAAAAUCAUCUGAUUCAUUUUAAUUGUUUGUGAAAUGGAAAAAAAUGUUUGUGAAAUGCAUGAAAAUGUAUUUUUCUUUGGAAAGCAAAGAAAUUUGCAAGUGAUCCCAAACUUCUGAGCGGUAGUGUAUGUGUGGGAAAAAAUCCCUCAUUGAAUUAACAACUGCUCUGGCGUGGAGAAGGGGUAGUAUUUAAUAAGCUUAGCUUCUUCCUGCUCCUUUUCAGACAUGUGUAGCAAUGAAGUGUAUAUUCUAUAUGUGUACAUGUAACAUUAUAUGCAUGUCUGAAAUAAAUUAAGAAAAAAAGAACAAAUAGACUAACGUAAACUUGAAUUUCACUUUGGUUAAAUUUGUAUAAUGAAAUUAAACUAGUUGUACACGAUAAUUAUCAGAACGAUAUGAGGGAAUUUUGACAUCAUACUGAUAAAUCAGUGCUGUUUCUUACAUUUUUUCAGCUAAUUUACUAGCACGAGUGGGUCAGAGUGUAAUGCCUACUGCCAUCCCACACAGCCAGCCUCACCUUGUAGCACUCAUAGCGCUCGUAGGAGGUACCCCCAGGAGAGUCAGGGAAGAUGUAGGGCUGUGGAUGCUGCUUGUCCCAAAACUCCUCCUCUCCCGCCUUCAGCAUCAUGGUGGCCUUCAUCAUGUCUUUUUCAUUCUUGUUCUCGUCGAAGCGAGCGCGCAGCAGGCAGGCAUAGAAGCGAUAUUUGUCCCUAAAUGGCAAAAGCACACAAGUUACAUUGCUUUUAAAGACAACAGCAACAGGAACGUCAACAACAAAUGCUUUAAGAAUAAAAAUGUUACUGCAUACGUAUGAUAUCAAAAAAUUGCUUACAAUAAAUAAUUCUAAUGAUUGAGAUCCUUAUGUCAA